GAGGCGGGGUAGUUUCUGCCGGGAUUACUUUUCCGGGGCCGCUUCUGAUUGGGCGGCGUGGCGCGAUCGUGCGACACUUUAGACGCCAAACUGUCGGGAGACUGGACCCGGUCAUCUCGGUGGUCCCGCCCAGCUUCGGUUGCUCUUUCCCUUCUCAAUUCCGCAAGAGCACUGGGCGACCGAGAGUUAUGGAGAAGCGCCUGCAGGAGGCUCAGCUGUACAAGGAGGAAGGCAACCAGCGUUACCGGGAAGGGAAGUACCGAGAUGCUGUGAGUAGGUAUCAUCGAGCUCUGCUUCAGCUGCGGGGUUUGGAUCCAAGUCUGCCCUCCCCGAUUCCUAAUCUAGGACCUCAGGGCCCGGCUCUCACACCUGAACAAGAAAACAUACUGCACACCACCCAGACAGACUGCUACAACAAUCUAGCUGCCUGUCUCCUUCAGAUGGAGCCAGUAAACUACGAACGAGUGAAAGAAUACAGUCAGAAAGUCCUGGAACGACAGCCUGAUAAUGCCAAGGCCUUGUAUCGGGCCGGAGUGGCCUUGUUCCAUCUGCAAGACUAUGACCAGGCUCGGCACUACCUCCUGGCUGCUGUCAAUAGGCAGCCAAAAGAUGCCAAUGUCCGGCGGUACCUCCAACUAACACAGUCGGAACUCAGCAGCUACCACCGGAAAGAGAAGCAGCUGUACCUGGGCAUGUUUGGUUAACAGAGAAGAAAGAUGCUUCUCCACUUGAACUUAGGUAAACCAGUAAAGACCCAUUGAGGGGAAACCUGAGCCUCAGCAAGAGAAAUUAGUCCCAUACCUCUGACCCAGGUGGAUUUCUGUUUUGUUUCUAAUUCUGCACAAACUCUUUACCACUUACACAGUCUGUGCCUUUUUUGUGUCUAUCCAUCUAUGUAUUUGUAUAGCUUUCAAUAAGUGGUAUUCUUGGGGAUAUUUGCCUUGAGAAAUACAACCAGAAAACAU